UGUUGAGGAGCGAGAUCAGUCAAAUCUUGAAUUUCUACCCCACGCCGACAGUUUCUUCCGCUUGUUCGUACCGAUCCCAGAAACUGAAAUGGUGGAGGUGGUGGAUUUGGUGUCGUCAGACUCGGAGGAGGAGGCGUGCGUGCACUCGCCUGACCGGAAGCGUCCUGCCUGGGAGGCAGCAGAUCCAUCCCGCGGCCCCGGGAGCUCCUGCGCGAGAAUUCCUGAGCACACAAGCCGACUGGCGAGGAAAGACAAGGAGAAGUUGGACGAGGGGGGGAGCGCGUGGGAAGCAGGAGCUCCUCCGCUCACUAACUCGGAACCUUGGUGGGAUUCAUGGAGUGCAGGGAGAAAGGAAGAACGACCAAACAACAAAGAUGCGGUCGCGAUGCCUGGACCGAGCUCUAUGGACAUUCCUGAUUUUCUCAGGGAAGACAGUAGCGCGUGGCUGUCCAGGAUCAAGGGCCUCCAUUUCCCACUUCCUGAUGCGAACCAGUUGAAGGCCAGGCAAAUUGAGUCGGACGAGGUGCUCGCCCUCAAGCUUCAGGAGCAGUUUAACGAGGAGCAAUCUGGCUCACAAGAGGUUGAUGCAAAUCUAGCCUGGAGAUUGCAAGCUGAAGUCGAAGCUGCGCGUGCCAGAAUUGCUGCCCGAGAGGGCCAAUCUAGUUCUAGCCAGAGGGACCGUUCCAUGGCGCACUUGUAUUCUUAUGGCUCGCGCUCGCCGGUUCAAAGUUCUACUUCAUGGACAUCUAGUCACAAUGCGGCCCCAAUGUCAAACAGAAGGUGGUUGCCAAGAAACUCCAACGGACCAGAAUUGGAGCAACAAAAUAUGAUUAUCUCUCAGUUGACCAAAGGAUGCUUCGGACAGGAAAAAAUGGAUAUAGAUAUGAGAAUGGCCAUACUGGACUCACUCCAUGAAGCCCUUGAAAGCUGUGAGGACACAUUAGCUCUAGAAUCCGAUGAUGAUGAUUAUGAGAAUCUCAUAGCACUUGAUGACAACAACCAUCACAAAGGAGCUUCUGACAGCGAAAUUGACAGCCUACCACUAUCUGUAGUUGAGGGAGGAAGUUGCUGCGAUGAGCUCUGUCCUGUAUGCCUCGAUUGCCCUGCUGAGGGUGCUUUCGUCCGGCAUCUCCCGUGCGCUCACAAAUUUCACAAAGAGUGCAUCGACACGUGGCUUAGGAUGAAGACUUCAUGCCCAGUGUGCAAAUCCAAUGUAUUCUGACUAGACGGCGCUCCGACUGUUGUCAGGAUAGCAUGAAGAAUAGAUUAGGAAGCAUUUCCUGGUGCCACAGUGCGGAAACAACUUCGUAAUGUUGUGUCACACUAUGCUGGGUGGCUCUCUCUGAACAGAUAGUAUUUGAACGUUGCGUAGCAUCCCUCUCUCUGGUUGGCUGUGAGAAACAGGGCAUCAUAAGUCUUGUGUUCCCUUUUUUGCUGCAAUUUUUUGUGUAGGGGGCGAUGUAUGAUAUGGCUUAGAUUUCCAUGCCAUGUGUUCCAUUGUGUGACCCUGUUAUGUAUAUAAUCAGAGAGAGGUGAGAGGCUUAUUCUGUUACAGACUUUUAAUCCAUCGGUUCUGGAGAUCCAUCUUGUUUUGUAGUUCUUCA